AUUUUAUUUAAUGAUCCAAGAAAUUAAACCUGUAAUAGAUGAAGGAAUUAAUCUAAGAUGUAGAUUUUAUGAGAAUUAGUAUCCAAAAGAGAAUGAUUUAGUUGUUGUAGAGGUAGUGGAAGUUCAAGAAAAUGCAUCAUAUGUCGAAUUAUUAGAAUAUGAUAGAAUAAGAGGCAUGAUUCCCCCUAAUGAAACAACUAGAGCAUUAAAGGGUGGAAUUCAAAAAGCUUUAAAAAUAGGAAAAAUUCAAGUUGUUAGAGUGCUAAGAGUAGAUGAAGAUUAAGGAUAUAUUGAUCUGUCUAAGAAGAAGGUGGCUAAGGAUGAAGAGCAAAUGUCAUUAUAAAAAUUUGCAGAUGGAAAAAUGAUUCAUUCGAUUAUGAGAGCCAUUGCUGAAAAAUGCAGUAUCAAUAUUCAGGAAUUAUAUAAAACUAUUGUAUGGCCAUUAUAAGACAAUAAAUAAAAUGUUUCAGUUCUUUAAUUAUUUAAAAAUGCUUUAGCAGAUCAGAAACAUUUGGCUAAACUUAAUCUAUCUGAAUAAAUUUAACUUAAAUUAAUGGAAGAGAUUGAGAGGAGAUUAAAACCAGAACCAGUUACUAUUAAAACAGAAUUUGACUUAAUAAGUCAUGAUUAUGCUGGAAGUCUUAUUAUCAAAGAAGCACUAAUCGCUGGAUCAAUGAAAUCCACUGAUGAAUGCAAACUAUCAGUAUUCUAUAAUUUUAAAUUAGUUUGAAAUCAAAGCAUCUCCAUCUUAUACAGGUAGAACAACUACAAUCUCAAGAGAUGGAGUAAAGAUUAUGAAGGAUGCUUUGGCUGAGAUUGAAAACGUUAUGAAAAAGUAUUAAGGUUAGAUGAAAGUUAAAAUUGAAGUAUUUCAUCAAAUAUUUAAUAUAGCCCAAAGUUGUAGGAAAUUAAUAAGCUGAUUAUAUAGACGAAGUAGAAAAUGAAGAUGGAGAAGAUGAAUAUGGGAUUAAUUAGGAAGGUGGAGAAGGAGAUGAUGAUGAUGAUAUGGGAAUGUAAUGAAUUAUUUUAAUAGUAUUAAAUUAAAUAUUGUUAAUCAAUUA